CGUAUUACGUGCGUCCUCGAAUGACUCCAAAACUAGAUCCCGAAGGAAGGAACUUGAGACGACGCCCAGGAGGAGGGAGGGGGACGGAUUCUGCGCCAAACCCCUCCUCCUACCCUGCGCGACGAAGAUAGAAAGAGUCUGCCUUCGAGGAGGAGGAGGAGGGGGGGGGUUUCUUGAUCUCAAUGGGAGGGAUCUCUCCUGAUGCCUGGCUCCUUCUAUGUUUUGUGAAAGGGCCAGCACUGGUGGGGAUUUCUUCAUCCUUUCCGAGUGGAGCUCUAUUUUUUGUUUGAUUGUGGAUUAAUCUGGCGGAGACCGUCGUAGGAGUUCUCUCGUUUGAGGGGUUUGAUCGGAAUGGGCGCCCAAUCCGAGCUUGGAUUGUCUCGUUGAUGUGGACGGAGCUGCGCUUCCGAAAGCCGUCCUUGGAUGUGCUUAAAGGUGUUCUCGGAUCCGUGUUCCGCUCCCCCCGGCUUGUCUGAAUCAGGGUUUCUGGGUUGCGAGGCUCUACGGCCGGAAUUUUAUUGGCUCCGCCUUUGAUUUCGGGUGUACAAUGGAGGAGGAGAGCAGCUCUUGGGUGAGGAGGGCCAAGUUCUCCCACACCGUCUGCCACCGGUUGGAUUCUUCUCGGUUGCCGGCGAUCCCGCUCUCCAGCCAGGCUGAUUGUGAUGCGGAGUUGAAGAUGAAUAGCUCGACUUCGGAUUUUCGUAAAUUGGCAUCGAUUUCUUCAAUGACCGAUCGACUGAAUCAGAAGGACUCGAUCCAGCAUUCUUCUAGCAUGCCAUCGUUUCCUUUGUCGUCGCAGCCCGACAGCAAUCGUGGAUUCAAGCCAGCGAGGUCACGUUUAGAGAAUUCUAGCUUUUCUUUUCAUCCUGAUCAAGAUUCUAAAUGGAGACCAAAGAGUUCGAGUUCAAAGUCUUCCCGUUCCUCCUCUGGUCAAGAUCCUAGAUUGAAGCUGAAAACUUCCAACUCUUGCGAGGUCUUGGACUCUUCUUCGGUAAGGCUCCAAUUAGGUUCUGUUUCUCAUAAAUCAGGCCCAUUAUCAGAUACUGAAAGGAAACCCAAACCCAAGCAGAGGUCUCUGUCUCCACUUCCAGCUACCAUCCUCUCUGAUGCCUUCAAAGAAGGUAGGGCUAGUGGGAGGAGAUUCUCAACCCCACCACCUAGCAGGAAGGGAUCAGAUAAUAGUAUCUUUAGCAAAUUGUUCUCGAGAGAAGCCCGUGAUCAUAAUGCUCUCAAAUCAAAAUCACCUCCCUUGAGUCCUACUCUCGAGCACUUGUCUUCUAUGAAAGCUUUGGACGAGCUCAAGAGUAAGAAGGAGAGUCCCUGGGCAAGAUAUUUUGACCAUGGUGGAGGGAGGGUUAAUGCUGUGGAGACCACCAAUGAGUGGACGGUUGAUCUUUCCCAGCUGUACCUUGGGCUUAGAUUUGCUUCUGGAGCUCAUAGUCGAUUGUAUCAUGGUAUUUAUCAGGAUCAACCUGUUGCAGUGAAGAUUAUUAGGCAACCUGAUGAUGAUGAAAAUGGUGUGAUGGCUGCCAGACUGGAGAAACAGUUCACAAGAGAAGUCACCCUUCUGUCUCAUCUCCACCACCGAAAUGUAAUUAAGCUUGCAGCAGCAUGCAGAAAACCCCCAGUUUUUUGCAUAAUUACUGAAUAUCUUUCUCAAGGAUCCCUAAGGGCAUUCUUACGCAAGCCUGAACACAAAUCCCUUCCUCUACAGAAACUUAUUGCAAUUGCUCUUGAUAUUGCUCGAGGAAUGGAAUACGUUCACUCACAAGGAGUUAUUCACCGAGACUUGAAACCUGAGAACAUUCUUUUUGAUGAAGACUUCUGUGUAAAAAUUGCUGACUUUGGAAUAGCCUGUGAGGAGGCAUAUUGUGAUGUAUUGGCUGAGGACCCUGGAACAUUUCGUUGGAUGGCACCUGAGAUGAUCAAACACAAACAUUAUGGAAGGAAAGUAGAUGUUUACAGCUUUGGACUGGUAUUAUGGGAUAUGAUAACAGGUAGAGUCCCGUAUGAGGAUAUGACACCCAUCCAAGCUGCUUUUGCAGUGGUUGAUAAGAACUUGAGACCUGUGAUUCCCCCUGACUGCCCAGCAGCCUUACAAGCCUUGAUCGAGCAAUGCUGGGCACUGCAUCCAGAGAAGAGACCUGAGUUUUGGCAGAUUGUGAAGGUCUUGGAACAGUUUGAAUCGGCUCUCGCUAGAGAUGGCACACUGGAUCCGAUUGCAAACUUGACCAGCCAGGAUCAUAAGAAGCGGCUUCUUCAUUGGAUUCUCAAGCUAAAACCUUCGCAUGUCGAUGGCUCAGGGCAACUGGUGCCCAAAUUGUUGUAACUACUCCUAAGUUUUGGUAUUCUCUAUGUUAAGUUUAUUUUUAGAGCCUCACCUGAAAAAGGAGGAGCGACAGACGGAUAUUUUUGCCGCCUCCCUCAUUUUUGUGAUCAUGUGUGCCUCGCUGCACGUACACUUGCUGCCAUGAGUAAACACACGUUUACUGGUGGCAAAGUGACAAUACGUUAGUAGCUUGCUUUUUCGUUUCUUUUCUUUUCUUUUCUUUUCUUUUUUUUUUACUUUUUUGCCUUUUUCGCCCCCCUGGUCUCACUCGUUUCUUUUAAAAACCAUCUGGAGUGGCCAUUAUUACUCUGGGGUACGCCGGCUGUUAUUUUUUCACUUACUCAAAUUGGCUUACUUUCUUUAGGUACUUUUCCAACUAAUUAUUUUAUGUAUAUACAAAAGUAUAAAAUCUUGAUGAUGAUUGUAGCACAUAUGUGAGUGCAUGUGCGUCUGUAAGGAGAGAGAGACUCACCGGCUCACCGCACGAGUAUAUCUCUAUUUGGAUCCUAUCAGAUCUAAAUUGGAUAAUGAGGGCUGCACAUCGAUGAUCGGAGCAGUUGAAUGUAUUCUAUUAGUUCCAAAUUAUUUACAUACCAACAAUCAUGAUAAUUUUGGAUACUUCUAAUAUGUGAUAAUGAACCUUAAUUGCAUAGACCCAUGGGGAGUAUAAGAGAGGUUAGGCGUCUUGGGGACUAACAUGGAGAGCAGUCAACAUUGCUUCCAUCGUUUUCUCUCUCUUUUAACGUAAAGAUCGAUGCAUGAAUGCAAGUUUUCCAAAGAUCAUUUUCUGUCUUUUUAAUGUAAAGAUGCAUGAAUACGAGAUCUCAAAGGAUCUACUAGCAUCUCAGUGCCACCGAUGGAGAUCAAGCCUGUUGUAUCUUGCAAACAAGCUAAGCCUGAAAUCUAUACUUGUAGGGGUGGCCAGAACUUCUCCAAGGACGGUGCCAGGUUUGUUGCUGUUCCUAUUUUAUUUUUCUUCUUUUUUUCUAUUAUGUAGGCAUGUUAAUACACACUAUAAUUCAUUCU